GUCGGAAUUUAAAAUUCAAAGCGUGUUCGCUUCCCACGCAAGCAUUGAUCCAUCCGUGCCGACCAAAUCAUUCCUUCCUUUGUGAUAUGCCUAGCGUCGACCUUGAAACCGCGAUCAAGCAAGAGGAAGAAUACCUACGCAAGGUUCAUCCUACCGUGGACGAUAUUCCAGGAUGCAUGACCUUGUUUGAUGAAUUUUUGCAAUGCCAUGUUCUGGGGACUCAAAUAAAAUCUUUAUACAGAUACGGUCAAAUGUCAGAGUGUGGAGUUAAAAAAGAGGACUUCAAAUUUUGUAUGAGCUUGAAAUUCAUGCACCCAGAACAGAAACGGGACGCUUGGAUCCGUCGCCGUGCCGAGUGGUGGGCUCACAGACGACUCGGAAAGAGUAGCGAAAAUGUGUGGGAUAUGAGGAAGUAAUGUCCACCCUUUGAGUUAUUUCUUCGCUUACUGAAUUCACUUCAAGGAGUCCUCUCCCAGACUGGCCCCCAGCCCUUUCGGACAAUGUUCCAGAGAAUGUGGAAACUAUCUCGUGAAUGAUCAGAGUGACUUACCCUGCAGACUCUCAUAGGGGAAUUCGGCAGCCCUGUUAUGUUUCUCAGCCACAUGUGCAUGGCGGCCCUUGGUCUAUCUUAGGCGGGACGCAACCUUUGGCCUUCAAACACAGUGACCCUCUUCGCGAGGAAAUAUGUUCCACUCUGUUGAGCUCACAUUGCACUUACUUUGUUCUCCCUUCUGAUACACUCAACUUAUUUGCAUAAUUGUGUGUCAACAGUUGAAGUUCUCCUAAACGCUGAAGCCGACUCUCUGGAUGUUAGAAAGACUAGAAUAUCGCACGUU